GCAGAAUAUUGGUUACUUUUUUUUGAUGAAUUCCAGUAUUUCCUGACCACAAACCAUAUAACCGCAAUCAGUAGAAAAGUAAGUAUAGAAUAUAAUACCAUCGGCGAUAUUAGAGAACUCAUAACAGCAGAAACAGUCACUGGCACUAGAAGUAUUUCUCAAGACAAUG